UAUCAGAGAGUCGGUAGACUCUCUAUAUAGGGACGACACGGGUGAAAUCUCACGUGAUCCGCGUACAAAACGACUAAAAACUCGGUGAGAAUCACUCCCUAGGCCUUCAAAACAUACUAGCAAUAGUCUACGGGCCCAUAUCUACCUAUAUAUGUCCCCCAAGACCUCAUAGGCACCUUCAGUCGUCCACGCGAGAAUUCGCUCAUACGCGAUUUCACGAUGUUUGUGUCAUCAUCAUCAUAUUCUUCAUCUUCUUCUUCUUCUUCUUCUUCAGACCCGCUAGCUCCUUACCGGAAGCACUUGAAACGUUGAUUUUUUCACAAAACGUCUCCGAAUUUGACGGAGGUGUGCACGCACAUCAAGCGAUCGUUUGUUUCUUGCCGCAAGUCACUACGGUAGAUCGUUGAGCUCUUCCUCGGUAGUCACUGAACAACGCCAUUUGCUGCUAACUCAGCAUCAGUGAGCCGCAUGCGCAGAGGAGGGCGUUUCCAAUGCGGUGCGCGCGCAUUUUGUCUCGCAAACCUGGUCCACGAACGAGACUAAGCCAGGACUGGAUGCCUGCAGAGAAAACUACUCUCAUCCUUCAGUGCCUUCUGAAAGCCUUUGUUUUGGACAACUUUCCGUUCUACUCAACUCUGCUUACAGAGAUCAUUGGCCGGAGCUUCCAGAUGGAUCUGACCUCUGACCCUGGAAUAGUCUUCCUCUAUUGGGUUACUAAGGUUUUUGCUCAGCCUGGACUCAUGGACUACAUAGAUUAUGGUUUUUUUUUCUUACAAUGUAUUUUAAGGUUUUCAGCAUGCUGAUAUGUAGGCAGUUAGCUACACCUUUCAUAUACACACACACACACACAUUAUUGUACAUGUGACAAGUUCCCCACAACUUGUCGGUCAUUAGGAACACAUGUCGCCAAUAUUCAUUUUCCCCCUACGCCUAUGUCAUAAUUUUUCGUGACUUUACGU